AUGGGACUACGUGGAGAACAGCCAGCACUUGAACAGGAGGAGAAGAAGAAGAAGAGGAAGAAGAAGAAGAAGAGGAAGAAGAAGAAGAAGAAGAAGAAGAAGAAGAAGAAAACGAAGAAGAAAAAGGAGAAGGAGGAGAAGGAGGAGGAGGAGGAGGAGUAGGAGGAGGAGGAGGUAGUGGUAGUUGUGGCGGUGGUGAUAGUGGUGGGGUGGUAGCGGUGCGCUUUCCGACCGUUCUUGCGAAACUCACUCGUUUCGUUGUGCCUUACGGGUUCUCUCUCUCGAGCGCAACCAGCAGCCGCACAGCGGCGCGUGAUAUAGGCAGAAUGAUAUUGCCGACAAAGACAAGGGAGACUGGAUUGACCAUUUCUGUCUUAUUGACCGUCGUCAGUCAGUCAUACCCAGUCUUGAGGUGUGGAACACCUGGGGCCCGAACUCGCGACCUGUUAGUUAGAAGUUCGAUGCCUCUAACCACUGAGUCACGGACUUUUUGACUUGUCGGUUUUGCUCGAGAAUAUACAAUGGUGGAGGAAAUGCUAAUAAGCCAAAAAUGGCCAUUCCAGUCUCCCUUGAAAUUCUGCCUAAAUGUCAUUCACAAAUGACGAAAUAUAGUCAAUCUCCGCCGAGAAUUCGGACUUGAUAACUCAGUGGACGGAGCCAGCUGGUCCAAUGGCCGCUGACACGCUAGGCUCUGAAUCAAAUCGCGAGUCCGCCGGCAUCAAGGGUCAGCGACAUGACUGCCUGAUGACAGUAGAUAAUCCAGAAAGGUCAAUUGCGGUCGCGAUUGUAUCUGUCUGUAACUCUUUUCGGUUUGUCAUUUUUCGCCACCGCGCGGCUGGAUAUGGAGAUCUAGGCUCAAGAUUCCACAACGCAAUGAAACUGGUUCAUCUUACGUUAUUCAAUCAAAAUGUUAUGAUAAACGUUAAUCCAGUUGGACAUCAGGACAAUGUCCAGUGUCUGGAACCCAGUGGGCACAGUUGUGGAUCCUCCCCAAAUGACAGAUUUUCCUUCGUACGCAUGAGGAACGGUCGCAUUAGUUAGAAUAAGCUCGCCAUAGUAGCCAAGUCGAAGAGAAAAUUUAUUUAUUUUCGCGGUGGUUAGGCGUGAAUGCAUAAAUCCAUAGAAGGGACAGUAGGCUUGUUGUGGGCGGGUUCAGCUUCCUACAAGCGACUUUUGUCAACCUACGUUGCUUAUUUAAACGUUAUAUCAUAAUGAUAGUGGAAGCCAGGACGGGGCAUGCAUCUGGUGCCUGGGAACUAAACACCUGACCAACAAUACGCACCUUAUUUUGGUCAGGGUAGGUUGUGUAACUCCACUGGAUUUAUCAUGUAUAAGUAACCACUAUAUUUGCUUUAGAAGGUCCUGUUUUGUUUAUUGAUCUACAGCUACAGGAAGUCUCCUUUUGGGUGUCAUCUAACACUUUGAUAUAACCGCAUACACUGAGUUGAUUUUUACAGCUUAUUUGGCAUGAUGACUUCGCUCCCCUCUCCGUAAUCCCUUUUGUUUUACCUUGAUUUCCUAGUUAGCCCAACGUACUUGCAUUGCCUUUGGUUGUCGAUUCCAUACGUUAUGACUAACUCAUUUCUUCCAGAAGAGUAGUUAAACCUUUUUGUGCUAUGACGGCACUCACCAUGCGACGCGUACUUUAAGGGUCGCCGGUUGCAUGUUGGUUUACUUUACCUCGGUUAGAACACAAACGCUCGGUUUCCUCGAUAUCUCCAAGCAGUUUCUGUUGCCGAAGACGUACGCUUGACUUAUUUAUUUCUCUGAGAAUACUUAUGUACAGUCCCUAUAGUAAGCAAAAAUAACACGGUUUAAUUUAUUUGGGAGGUGGGGUUACACAACCCAUCGUUACCCUUAUUUUUACUAAGCAAAAGUCAUUGUUUACUCAAGCUACGGAAAAUGGCCUGUGCUUCCCGUCUCGUCGCUCUACUUAAAGGACACUGACUACUUAUUCGGGUUAAGGACGAGACUAACUUGCGUGCUUCCAGAACCAUCGGCUGCGUCUGGAGAGUUGUCAUACAAUCUCAGUGGAACCAAAGCACCCAAUACAUUAGGCUCAUGAUGCGGGUAAGACAUAUGGGAGAAUAAAAUGUCAACUGGCACAUUGCACCGAAGGAGUGGCCUUCUAAAUGAAGGGACUGCUCGAUUCGACCACUUUCCAGGUUCUGAGGACGACAAUUUGUCUACUUAUAAAACGAAAACCGGAGGUUUCCGCAGAUCACAAGGGGAAAUUCUCUUUUGAAAUCGUAAGGGCAUCUCGGCAUACGAUGGGUGUGUCUGCGUAAUCACCAUGGUUACUGCCCGAGAUUACUGUGUGAUGUCUUGCCAAACUUCUCGGGCCCUACUAUUUACGUUAAACAUUUAACUUUAUGCAAAAAUCGAGUAAAGGGUAAUCAGUUUCAGAGGAACAAACGGACGAUGCUCUUGUCUGCAACCCUAGCAGUAAUAUGUCUCAUAAAAUGCAAGUAAAUAAAUAAGCCAGACACUCAACCAGUGUAGUAGCGGCCAAUCAGAAUGUGCGAUACCGCUGUGAAACCAGAACUGGAAAGAUAAGGGAACUGGUAAUAAAGCAGAUAAUUCGUAAUUGGCCUUUUCGGCAGCGACUCAGCGAAGCACGUAUCUGAAAUUUUAAUCAGUACCUAACUGUUCUUUGACCCCUGUGCUCAUUGAAUCUGAAAAAAAGAGUUGUAAAGCAAACUGAGGGACAUGAAAUAGUAAACCAGGACUUCCUUAUGCGUUUUGCUGUGCACAUUCUAGUUUAAAAAACUGACCUUGUUGCUUAUUUGAUGGUUAGUUCGUUUGCCUUUGCGCUAGCAAUCAUCUAUGCUACCCAAGAAUUUCAAUAUCGUUGCAAGUUACUAUGUCCGAAUCCCUGUGAGAAAAUAAAAAUUCUCCCACCACAGGUUUAAUUUUUUAUGAAGUCGAGGGAAGAGUGACGACUCGCAGACCAGUUAUGAGUGUUUUGUUCAAUUCAAUUUAUUAUGGAAACGAACAGGCAGAAGAGACUGAAAACGUUUUUUCACAACCGAAUAUGGCCUCUAUGUACAGAUUACUAAGUCGACUGCAUGCAUCCAAACAACCUCAGCACAGAUUCAAGCAAUGACCGCAUGUGAGGAAUUAUAUUUCGCGUUAUGUCUGUGAAGGAUCGUUAUGCAUUUUUCCACUGAACUUGACGCUACAACAGUCCCGACGAAACAUUUCACGACCCCUCCAGACCGCCCAUGGAAGCCAUGAAAAUGCAGAAAUUUGAGGGCAUAAUUUUAUGAUGUAUGUAUAUAGGCGGUAGAUGUGCAUCAGAUUUGUUUUGCUUGAGGCGUGUGUUCGUAAGAAUGUUGUAUCUACAUGGAAACCACUAAAGUCAUCAGUCCCUGUUGAAUGCUCCUAGUCCCUUAGUGCAUGCCGUGGGUGGCUUCCUACCCAAUAUAUUCACAUCUUGAUUUCAUUCGCAGAACAUUCAAUUCAAUUCGAUUCAAUUAUUUUUAUUAAAGAACCGUCGGGGUCCCAUCAAUGCAAGUAAAAAUAAAUUUACAUGCGAAUUUUAGAUGAGGUAGGCAAAAUCUGUACAAAGUGCAAUACAUAGUUUUUGAGAUUAGAAGGCCGUUAAGCAAAAUGAAAAACGAGGGGUGAAAAAAAACUCCAAAGCAAAAUUUAAAAAUUAUUAUAGUAAUUUAACAGGAGAAAAAAACCCUCAAAAAAUAGCAUCAGACAUUAGACACCGUCUCGUCCGCAGCGUUUUCCCUGAUCGGAAUUGUCAGCAUCCACGACAUUCUAAGACAACUGCAGCUGCGAUGGAGCGGUCACCUUGAGAUAAUGAACGACUAGCGACUACCCGAUCUACUUUUCUAUGGAGAUUAUGUCACGAGUGCUCACCGUAAAUGAGGUCAAACCCACCGCUAUGAGGACACCUUGGCGAGUUCCUUGCAACGCUUACAAAUCAGUGCUAAGACCUAGCGAGGUCUCGCGCACGAUCGGCCGCCCUGGAGAAGAAACAUGUAGACAGCAGCAGCAAUUUAUGAAACCUACCGUAUCGUCUCUAUCAGUUCGAAAGUGGAAGUUUUCAAAUGUCAGACGCUCCUAAGCCGUAACGGCAAAAUCCAGCCCUCCCGACAUGCCCGGUCUGUUAACAAACAUUUCGCGCGUAGAUCGGCCUCGCCAAACAUAUCUAGAUCCAACGAACCAACAGUCGACAAUUUCUACGGCUGCCUUCUCGACCGGCCCUGUUUCGCCCCCCACGGCAUCCACGACGGCGUCAAAACUUAUGGCCAGUGACCACAAUCUCAGUGCUCCGUCGCCGUUGGUCACGGACAUUUUCAUCAUACCUGCCACGAGUUCUGCGGCGAUGACCAACACCACAAAUCCCACUCACGCCACCGGCCAUUACGCUCCCGACUGCUGGUUAACCACCACCCUCGAAAAUUGCCACCCAAAACCCCAACGGUGUGGGCUCAUUCCCAACCUGCCCCAAUUGCGAUCACACAGUCACCUCCCACAUCAGCCUGGCCGGUCACUUGCGAGUCCAUCCAACGCAACACUGGCUGGAGCCUCCACGCACAACCGCCUAAUCUGUUUUCAUUGUCCACAUUGCCGUCGCACAUCCAUUCAGCGUUAAGACCCAUUCGGUCACAUGUGUAUCCACAACACCAGUAAACGCCGCGAAACAGACAGGCCAGCUUAUCGCUAUAGAAAGAGCUUUAUUACUCGGACGUCUCGGAUUAAUGUUUGAACCCAUCAUCUGAGACAGUGUCAUAUAUGGAUGAUUCGUACGCAGAAAGUUGCAGUAUUUAUAGAAUGCAAUCACUAUGCCACUGCAUACAUAUGAUAUUUACCGCUCUCUCUUUCAUCGGGGAUUGUUGCCGACUGGUGCACACAGACCUAAUGCGAUCAUUGGGCGUCAGGUGAUGAGAGAAAAAGACCCACUGUCACAGCAGAGAACUUCUGGAGUCGCUUGCCGGAUCUGAUGCAAUUGCGAGCAAAGCAACUACGUUGGAGAAACUGGAAGACCGCUCCAGAAGCGAGUUCUCCAACAUGCGGUAGCAGUGCGGAGACAUUAGGCCAGCUCUCAAGACACGGGCAUUCGAAGAGUUCCGGCCACAGUCGUAUUUUACAAGAGAAGUCGAUUUGCCUGCUAAUCAUUAUAAUGGAAACGAGGUCGCUAAAUUUGACUCAUUCUCACAGAAGCUUUUGCUCAGCAAGAACUGCUGAUGCUGAAAGAAGCAACAUCGCCAGGUCCUGAUAAAAUACCAGAAGAGUUGUCGAUAGAAUUAGUCAACAUAAUUGACAGAGCGGCUACGUCUUCUCUUCCAUGUCUCUAUCGGUGCACACAGACUGCCUUCUGAGGGGAAGGCUGCGUGGAUUUCGCCGUUAAAUGAAAGUUGCAGUAGUGCUUCCGCAAACAACUACCGACCGUUAAGCUUCGCAUCCAUAUGCUGCAAAGUUAUGGAGCGAAUUAUCAAACGCGAACUGAUGCGGUUUUUAGAGCAGUAUUAUCUUCUCCCUGAUGCGCAGCGUGGAUUCCGCAGAGAAAAUUCCUGCCUGACCAGUCUACUCUAGUCUUGAACAGUGGACCCGAGCGAUUGAUGGAGGAAACGAGGUGCAUGUAGCCUACAUAUACUCCAAGAAGAUCUUCGACGGUGUGCUACACCAACGUCUCCUAUGCAAACCCAGCCGCAUAGAGGUAAAAGGCAAGUUUUUGUAGUGGACUGAAAACUUCUUGAUUGGUCGGUCUCAAAUUGUCCGUCUUGAUGACCAGCCACCGGCAGAGGUGACUGCUGCGAGCUGAGUACAUCGGGGCUCCGUUCUUGGCCCUAUCCUCUCCCUCAUCUAUAUUGAUGAAUGCAUCCAUUGGUUGGACUGCGACAUUGCCACGUUUUCUGAGGAUGUAAAGCUUUUGAACGUCAUCCGCAACGGGAACGAUGAAGCAAAUCUACAGGCAAACUUGGACCGACUCUAAUAAUGGUCAGGCCACUGGCUCCUCCCAUUUAAUGCUACCAAAUGCAACAUCAUGGGAAUUGAUAGAACCAGUUCCUCGCAUCGGAGGACGUACUAUCUAAAUCACACACGGCUGUUAGUAGCAGAGGCUCAGAAGGAUCUAGGUGUGCGGAUAACAUCUUCACCAAAGCCAUCAUUCCACUGCUUGAAAGCAGCGAAAUCCGCAAUGUCCAGCUAAUAUCCCAUCAAGAUGGCAUUGCCGAAGUUCGACGAAGUGUGCUCUCGGAAGGUCUUCAGGGUGUUUGUGCACCCACGGUUAGAAUUUGCCAUUCAGACCUGGAGACCCUGGUCUGUCAAAGAUUCUACUACCCUCGAAAAAGCCCAAAGACGGGCAUGUUAAAUUAACACUUAAUUCAGAUAUGGACAUCAGUCCGGUUGUUUGGACCUCACCAUAACUAGGGAUGAUAGUUGCAUUCGCGGAUUGGAAUCGCAGACGGCCCUUGGCCGAAGUGACCACUGCGUUCUAGUUUGGGGGUAAAGUCAUUUUCCAGCACCCGAAAUUCGAGCUGCUAAGUGAAGAAAUGUAUGGAAAGGGGAUUAUCACCGAAUGAAAAAUCUGCUACAGAAGGUGAACUGGAAUGCAGCACAAGGACCUGAUCCAGAAUGCGAUUGGCUUUUCCCCAAGAACGUCAUGCAGCACUUGGUAGAGAGCUGUUGCCCACUUUAGAGGAAACCGCACACUUCCCGACCAGAGUGGGUGACGUCAGAAAUAAUGAAUAACCUUAAAUUGAAAAGGAGACUUUGGAAAAAGUACGCCGGAUGUCAACAACCAGAGCAUUUCGUUGACUUCAAAUAACGGAGAAAUAUAUGUCCGAAUCUGUUGAGAAGGUCCCUAUAUAUAAGCAGCAUUACUUUUUGACUUUUGUUAUCUCCUGACGAAGCAUAUGCGCUUGCUUCCAUAUUACUUGGUGCAUUCAGUACCGCGUGCUUGUUAUUGUGCAAUUUUGAUAUAGAAGGCAUUCACAGACAAAUUUAUAAAAGUAACCAAUAGUUGUUGUGUGUAAUUACUUGCAAAAUUUUCUUUAAAACUUGCCUAACAUGUUGGUUUUUGACGUCAUUGUAACAAAAAGGGAGUUUAAAGGCUCUGGUCUACCUGCCCCUUAAUAAAUUGGAUCUGAUCAUUAUACUACAUGUAAGUGCUUUCUGUUUUGUUUCUUAUAUGUUUACCUUAUGGCCUUUCAACUACUGCUUUUUAUUUUGCAAAACCCAUAGUCGACGAACCCUCGCAAAUCAUAAUGAUACGCAACAUACAUCUGGAAUGUUAAUAAAAAUAGGCGCAGGUCAGCCAGCAGAUCGAGAGCCUGAAGCUGAUUCAAGAGCGGCAAAAAGUGCGCAGAAUAAUCUUAAAGUGGAAAAUGUGACAAAAGAAGACGGAAAGCGGCUGUUUUUAACGUAGACUUUAUGCGAGAACGCCGGUUUAAUGUAACGUAGGAAGUUAAUUAAUGUUGGUACCAUUUUAAUGCAAACUGAAGGGGUAUAUGCUUGUUAGCAAUCUCCUCUCACCUGCAAUACUUAGGCGCCUUGACUCCUAAAACAGGACAUGAAAUUCGUCUGAAAGUCUGCACGUUGAGUCAAUGCAACCUAUUUGAUAAGUCUGCUUUAACGGUUUGGCCAGACAACAGAGCAGUCAUUUGGCGAAGGCAUGCGCUAUCUCGAGUUUUCCUCCGAAUAUUGUGAGCAAUACUGUCUUUGAAAGUAAACCGUAAAUUUUCUCAUGUCCCCACCUCGUGCUUCUAAAAUCAGGUUCUGCCACCGUUCAAAGUGUAAGUUAUAAGCUUAUUCGUUUAAUUAUUUUUUAUUCCUGUCUCUGUUUGUUUUUCGGAAUUAAAUUGAUUUUCUGAUGUGGUUCCUGCGCUGUAUUUAAGACACACAACCAAUAUCCCUACUUUUGGGUUUCUCGCCCCUCGCGAAGUAUUCGGGGUUGCAAUGAGCUUAAAGCAGCUAAUUUUGCUAGCUUUACUCGCAUCAUGUUUGUACUACGGGAUACGACCGUUUAUAUAUUUUUCGCUUGCUUUGCUUUCUUUUGCUGCUGGGUAUGACGUUAACGUUUUCUUUCACCAUCAGCUUUAUGACUUUCCUCCCAGAUAGACGGUGGAAGUCUCAAAAGUCGUAUAGCUGCUUAUCACGCGGACUCAUAAAAGUACAAGUCUUCGCGUUUACAUACCUCGCCCUGUCCUAGGUUGACGAGAACGUCAUGACGAAUUUGAAGAAGGUGACCUAUUCUGUUUCAGGAUGCAACGAACUUGAUAUAGUUAUUGACCAGGUAUUAUUGCUUUGCCAUUCAUAAUACCUUUUUAGAUUCUAGACCAUAUAAUGCAAGAUUACGUCAAAAGUUGGUACGGCCCGCUGACGAAUGAGCCUGAAUUCCUCCAAAACGUGCACUUCGGGCUGGCCAACCUACUGUCGGAAGUUUCAAAAAAGUACACUUUAAUAGCCCAACUUACUUUCUAGGUUCCAAGCUAUUAACUGGAUCCCCUUUCUGAUAGAUGGCGUUCCCAACACGGUGAUCGAUCAUUUGCGAAUUUAUAGAAAAACGCUGGAGAGGUUGCAUGCCUCAAAGCAGACUGGACACGGUCAUUUCAGAGUCUUUUUUGAUAUUGAAGCCGAGAAGGAGGAACACUUUUGCCGGGAGUGUAUAUGCACACGCCCCGAAGACGAGCUAAGUAUGCUGGGAGCUUUCUUAAUGUUUGGCUUAAGAACACCUGAGGCGCCUGACUGAAGUUAUUCUUUACGCAACGAUGCCCAGCGACGAUUUUGCCGUCCCAGCGUAUCGGCUUCUUUUAAGAGUAAAUUUCAGCCUUUUUACAAUUCCUUCUAAGGAUGUCGUUGUUAAUGGAAUUUUGCUACCAGCCAUAAAUAUUCUCGCGGAUCCGGACUUCGUAAAUCGCACAAUUAUUAAUCUGGUACGUUUGUGCCGGAAAAUUUGGCCCUUAGGGUGUUUCUGAGCUUCGAAAUGCACAUUUCGCCCUUCUUAGCUGAGUUGCUUGAGUCAGGUCUAGCGCUCUAUUUUUCCUAAAUAGUACUAUCAGCCAUUUUCUGUCUCCGAAUUACCUACCAGUGUUAUCUCUGUAUGAGAACACCAUUUAAGCUGUAAUUGACGCCUCCUAAUCCAGAAUGCUUGUUAAAAAGCUCAUCAUUUGCUCUCUCGUAUUGCUUAAAAUUACAACUUUCCUUACAGGAAUUCUACCACGGAUCGAGACUUGAUAAACAUCUUCGCGAAUUAUUUAAAAUAGGAUAACAAACACUGUGGCAUACUUCCGCACCAAUUAUUCUUUUAACAAUCUCUUUAUUAUUCGUGGACCAUUGAGUGAAAAGAUGCUAUGUUCUUCCUUUCAGCUGUCUUUUAAAAGGGUUACAUUAACUGGCCGAAUUUCUUUUUGACCUCUACACUGAUUGCGAUAGCGGCAACUUGCGCUGGCAACAUCUAAUCCACAUGAAUUGACCCAAAUAGAUGCAUCGUCUGUCUUUUACUUAGGCGCUGAGCGAGGACAUUGGAUAACUAUCCCCUGAGCCUCCAAUUCUAGAAUUUGCGCUUUUGCUAAACCGAAGGAGCUCUAUGUUGUGCAUCAGAUUUGUUUUCUUUUUUGUAUAGUGCAACGAGUCGGCGUGUACCAGUCCUUACUUUAUACACUCUCUUCGGAUGUCACACAAUGUCCCGGAAUUGGAGGCUGUCAUGGAUAGCAUCAUAAAAUUCUCUGACCGACUUAGAGGACACGAUUCUGGCGGCGAGGAUGGUGCGUUUCUUAAUUUCUUUUUUUUUACGUACUUGUCGAAGUGUUAUGGUAGUUAUAAGAAUUUUCUCUGCCGAUAAUGUCUUGAUCACCAGUUCGUCAGACGUUUAGUAAACUGAAUAAGCUGAUUUCUUUUUCCAAGGCUAAAAUUGAACUGUGAGCGCGUAGAUGGCGUCUGUUUUGCUUCACGGCACAAGCGCCUUUUACCUAACAGUUGUUUUUUGGUCUAGACGCACUGAUAAAGGCCCAGCUGAGCAGCUUACAAUUCAUUAGUAAGCUAUGCACGAGCCGGAUCGAGCUGCUAAAAAGUCGCCCGUCUCCAAAGGUACUUCGACUGUCUCUUUUCCGAUCUUUUUGUUUAUGCUUAUAGGUGCUACACUGAAACAAGCUCCGUAUCCUAACAAUACGUUUGUUGUAUCCGGAAAUGUUAUAUACUUGUUACGACUUUCGAUUUCUUAAAUUCGUAACCUACGCUGGAGCUGACAACCUGCAUUAAUAGGCGGGUGAGGUAUCAGCAAGGACUAAAUGUACCACCGGUCAGACCUAACUGGUAACCUUAACUAGUUUUAAUGAUCUGCUGGUACUAAAGGUUGUCAAAAACAGGAAUGAAUGCUUUACUGAGACCCUUGACAUGAAAAUGACAUCUCAGGAGUGAUAGAGGAUAGGACGUGCAUUCAGUGCAUGCCGCAGAUACCAUCAUUGUCUUUGUAUAUGUUACUUCGGUCACUACCUUUCUUUGGAGCCAUGAAUUUCAACCACUGGGACACGCCACGUGCCGAGACGCGUACAUGAAACCUAGACAUAAAAAGGAUAAGAAGUUAACAGUUGGGGCGUAUCUGAUAAAACGACGUUCUCGGUCUUUGUUUACCGCCAUUGUCGGUACAGGUUGCCGCUUCUGUUCAAUAUUACGUGACGCUAUCUUACUAAAAUCGUCCGUUUGAUCACUACGCAUCUCCUCACUGAGCUAAACUAUAACUUAACACAAGGCUGGCAGCUUUGCGCUGCAAUGCCUUUAGUCUUGACUCUGAAUGAGUGCCGCGGGCUAGUGACGAUUUUUUGACGCGAAUUCACAUCAGGCAUCUUGGUGGAUGUCAUUUUUAUUUUUUGUUGCGUUGGUCCGCACACAUUUCUCCCUCUGGGCUUGCCAGAAAGUGCUUACAACAUCUGGGUCCGUGAUUUUUAGCCCAUGCCUCCGUCGGUCGAAGAUUCGGUGCCGAUUUGCGAUCUUUCUUUCGACAGCGUGAUGAACAACGACAUUGCGGUGGCCAACUUUCUUGGUAAGUCUGCCUUCAUUUUCAUGUUUCCGCCCUAUCUCCCUAAUUUUAUUUUAUAGACACUCUAAAGAGGUAUAUCCGAUCUUCCAUUUCUUAGACUUUCUCACCUCGCUGAACGAACAGUCCCUAUUCAGUCUUUACCUGAAUUGUGUGGUAAGCUUUACUCAGGUCGUUGUCUUCAUUAUUUACUUUUGCGGGCAGCGAAUUCGGCGUUUGUCUUGAUUGUAGGACAAAAUGCGGAUUUUCUGUUUGGUCUUUGAAUUUGAAAUUGCUUUAACGUCGUUUUAAGCCCCAUACUUUGCCCGACAGUUCAACCGUCGUUUCCGACGAUGUCCACCGUGUGCUCCACAACAGAAGGAAGCAGGGACGGUGACUUGUACGUGAAUUAGUUUAUAGUGAGCGUAGACUUGCACAGCACCUACCGCACUCUCUCCUCCCCCACCUGGACCCGGUGUCAAGACAGAGUUGAAUUGACCGGAUGUAGGGAAGGGUGCAGAUGCAUGGCACGAUCGAGCCCGCACCUUGGCGCUCCACUCCACACCCCCUGGUCCACACAUCAAAUGACCAGGAUUUUAACCAGCAACAAAAAUGGGGAGGACCGCAGGGGUCUCAAUGCGCUUGACAUCCGCCGGCAACUGGGUCUGCCACCGCACCCCGAAAUAUUGACAUUUGUUAUGGUGUGCAUCCCGAUAAUGUCUGCCAGGAUCUGAUAUGGCACCCGUGUUGGUCCACCGUUCGAGGCCCGCGUGGUGUCAACUACGCUCUAAAGUACCUUAGAUUCCCUGCUGUUGUCCGUGGAGAAAAUGCAUGUGUACAGUUUAAUCUUGAAACUUCAGACCGCGCGUUAGAGAAAGUGACUAACCAAGUGGUUGACCAAAGUAGAGGAAGGAGAUUGAAAUGACCAUUGCUGAUGUGUGUUCGUAUAUCCACCAGUCACUCCGGAAACCCCGAUUGGAGCUGUACGUGGCCGGAAGUCGAAUGAAGUCUCUGCAAGGAGUUAGAAUAUGAUUGACUGGAAGUGGUGAAAAUUUCGACCUGCUAACUUUAAUCUCCGCCGCUUUUGUCAUAAAUUUAUUCCUUAUCUAUUUCUUACCUUAUUUAGACCACCCAAAAUUUUUCAGUCAAUAAACUUCGCGAGGGUGGAGGCACACGAAACCUGUGAAUUUGCUAGCCAGCUAUUACGUCUAGCUGCGAGCACCUACACUGGGACAGGGGAACUUCCCUUCGCGACCUUUUCCCUCUGUCUAAUUCCAGACAGGACGCCAUACAAUCCGAUUCUGCGGUUUCUACUUCUGCACGAAGUCGGCUUCCAUCUAGUGUUCAACCAGGCUUGCCAAUUUCUCGUCGAUUGUUACUUCUUGGGGUGUACAGCAUGUUUGACAAUGCUCCCCACGCACCCUUUGAGCAUCAUACGUUGGGGAUUUCUUAGUUUUUACUAGGUCUUCUCAGUGAAUGCCUGAAACCGCGCGUGUGAAAGGAUCCCUGUCAGUAACGACUGCGGUUCACGCGGCUGGAUAGGUGGGACAGUAUCUAAAUAAGCAGAUGCCCCGUCAGACAUUGUUCCGGCAGUUUGGAUUUGUGACUGCCCUUAAUGACUGAAAGGGAAACAUGUGUAAGACUUCACUAAAUCUUUUGAGCAAAACUAAGCACACGGUACGACACAAAAAUGGUCUAAUCAAGCGACAUUUUGUGAAGAUUUGUCAUCUCCGUUUUAAUUGAAAGUCGUGUAUGGGACCAGGUCGCCGGUCUCCACAGAUGCCCACCGCAUCGAAAUUGUUCUUACCACGGCCGCGUGACACGUAGAGUUUAAACAUUUAAAAAUGUGCUACUUGGCUGAAUGUAAGUAACAGUUUAUGGUGCUUUGCAUGUUUACCCCAUGCAUGGUCGAUUUCUGCAGCAUCAAUUGGACAAUCAGUAGGGCUUCUGUGCAAAUUGCUUGAAGGUAAAUUUGUUCAGGUCACUUCUAUCAGAAACACGACACUCGCCGUCUCGCCUCCAGAAUCCGGACUGCUGAUUAGUCGAUGUCUCCCCACCAGUUUGUCGAUGAGCUACGAUUUGCUCUUCUACAAUUUACCGUUCAAUCGGAUGGGCUCUACUUUUUUGUUCAUAACUUCUGGUCACCGCUUUUAUAGGGUUGAUCGGGACCCAGACGAUAGUGAGCUGGUGUUUGUUCGUUGGAGAUCGACUCUUAAUGACCGCCUUUUGAAAACAGUGCAGUCGUCGCGAGCAUUCCCAGCUUACUUGACAGUUAAUCACGUCGUUCAUUAUUGAGAUGUGCACACACUUUUUCGCCUUCGCUUUGCCCUAUCAAAAUUUGUGACCCGGGUUUUCUUAGUUCAUUUCGUUGUCUUUGCAGGCUUUUAGAGCCAACGCUGAGUCCCUGUCAACGGAAGUCUCCACAAACUCGCCCAGUAACUCGGAUGACAAACGUACCCACGAGGAUAUGACCAGCGAGCAGGCCUUAGACGAGUCCCUGUCAUCAUCCUCUGCUGUGGACUUUAAGCUCGACUCCCCGUCACUCGAUGCGGAAGGUGUCGCGGAGGCUCGCUCCAGCCCUGGCUCCGAUGAAGCUGAAUUCUUCAACUUCAACUCACAGCCUACCUCCUCGGAGGAGAGCGGCGCUGCAGUGCCGCAGGACCUAAGGGCUUUCGGCGUCUCCUUGUGCAAUUUAAUCCUUCGAGAUCUUCCGCUUAUUCCCGAGGAGACUGUACAAAAGUGCUUGCGCGC